GUUACCUAUUUUAUUUACGGUCUAUUGUGGUUCUAUCUGGAUCAUAAUGGGUGCUCUGACCAGCAGGCAAAAUGCUGGUGUUGAAGAAGCUGAUGUGGUAUCAAAUCAUGCAUACAAGUAUCCUCCCCGAUCAGGCAAUUACUUUGGCACCCACUUCAUCAUGGGUGGAGAGAGGUUUGACACCCCGCAGCCAGAGGCAUACCUGUUUGGAGAGAAUGCCGACCUCAACUUCUUAGGCUGCAGGCCUACCCCUAUUGAUCCUCUUUUAUUACAGUUCCCCUACCCCCCGCCGCAAUCUAAUGAACCAACCAAAACUUUGAAGAGUCUUGUGAACAUCCGCAAGGAGUCCCUGAGAUUUGUCCGAUGCCCAGAGCCUGUAGGCAAGUUAGCUGAUGACAAUAAGAUUGGCGAUGGCCCUCCCAAGUCAGCUGAAGGGAAUGGCAAAGGCACAUACUACAAUAUAGAGUUCACAUUUGACUGUGAUGCAAGAGUGGCCAUUACUAUCUUCUACUUCUGCACAGAGGAAGUUACUCCCACUGGAGUUGUCUACUACCCGCGCGACUCGGCCAUGACCUCGCCCACGUACCACUACAAGAAGGGCGCGAACCAGCAGUUCUGCCAGAUCUCGCAUGUGUUCGACCCGGCGCGCCACGCGGACGACGAGCUGGGCUACUCGCCCGAGCGCGAGGUCAUCCCUGUGGCUAUAUACUGCGUGGUCGAUGAGGGACAAGAUGAGAUCAGACAGUCGCACACGACCAUAGCCGUCGUGGAGAAGCACACUGACGGAACAUAUGUCCUGAAGGCGCUGAAGCAGAAGCUGUUCGUGGACGGGCUGUGCUACCUGCUGCAGGAGAUCUACGGCAUCGAGAACAAGAACUUGGAUACUAAGCCCACCUCCGACUCGGAGACGGAGGACGGCGGCUCGGAGUGCGUGAUCUGCAUGUGCGACGCGCGGGACACGCUCAUCCUGCCGUGCCGCCACCUCUGUCUGUGCAACUCGUGCGGCGACUCGCUGCGCUACCAGGCGAACAACUGCCCAAUCUGCCGCGCCCCGUUCCGCGCCCUGCUUCAGAUCCGCGCGCUGCAGCGCCUGCCGGCCUCCGCGCCCGCGCCGCCGCACAACACUGAUGGUUCAAUGGAGAACAUCCCUGCCGGCUACACAGCCGUGUCCCUGAUCGAGGCGCUGAACGGGCCGCACGCCGCCCCCCCGCGCGCGCCGCCCGCCCCCCUCGCGCCCGCCAUCGCGAGUCCGGACACUGACACUGCUGAACAGGCGGCGGAAGUCCUGAACCGCAGUCAGCUGGACCGCGGCUCCUCGGCCAGCCUGGCCAGCGUGUCGCGCAAGAACAAGGACGAGAAGAGAGCCAACCAGCCGAUACCGCCCGAGUUCCGCAUGUCAGUUCUACUAGCUCGCGAGGAGGCGCGCGCGGACGCGCACAGCCCGCUGCUCGCCGCCGCCGCGCUCAACGGAGAGAGAACCGCCUCCAAGUUGUCCCUCUGCGCGGACUACACGGAGCAGCCGGAGCAAGAUGGCGAUUCGGAACCGGAAGUGGCGGCGGCGGAGGACGCGGAACCGGAAGCGGCGCCCGACAGCGACGCCGAGAGACUGUCGCCGCUGCUCACUAAUGCUAAUAAUGGGACAAGUGAGCCAAUGAACGGUCCCACCUCAGCUCUCCGCCUCGAGGCGCCCAAACUGGCGCACAUCGACGAUACGGACACCGAGGAACAGGAGCCCGCCAAGCAAUCCGAGGGGCGGGGCGAGGUAGAGUCGCCGCCCAUCGCAGAGGACUCGGAUUAUUUCACUCCGGAGGAUACCAACACCACUAUACUGACCGUUCCUAAUACUGCCAAGUGCAAUAAUGACGACAGCAAGUCUGCGGAGUGCACGCCGCAGCGCUGGGCGCUGCCGCACCACGUCACGUCUCUGCCAGGCACCCCCCUCUCCCAGUCGAGCGUCCGUUCCUCGGGCGAGUCGUACAGCUCGACCUCCUCCACGCGUCAGCUGCUGACCCAGCCGGUGGCGCACGCGCCGUGCUAGCGACUAGCGCCCGUCGCGGAGGCAGUGCGCAGCGACCAAUCACGGGACGAUGUUGAGUGCGGGGGUUAAGUUGGCGACCGCCACGACCAAUGAUGGGACUAUGUUGAGUUGUUGAGGUUAAACGACAGUGUCGACACAGUGGCGGUUUGGUGUAGAUUUGGUUUUGUCGCAAAAUCUAUGUAAAAGCUGUAAUGUUUAUGUAAUUUAUAGAAAGUCAAGUUAGGUUUAGGUAUAAAUUAAAUUAUGGUGUAAAAACAUAAAUAUCCAUAUAUUUAACAAUUACAAAUUGGCAUUGGCACACUAGCGAUAGAUUUAGCUGCUAAGUAAAAUAGUAUAAUGAUCAUCAAAGAUCUUGUGUACUAUUAUACUCUUGAUAGAGUGUAGGUACCUGUAUUUGUAUGGUGCAAGUAUUGAAUUUGUAAUUAGUAGGUAUUCGUCCAGCCGUGCAGAUGAUCCAUAAACCAUUUUUAGAUCUAAUGGGAAAUACAUGGGAAUUUGUUUAACUCUUUCAAGUAAAUUAUUGUAAAAAUUAUAGUUAUUAAAAUAAAGUUAUGUAAUUUAGUAAGCUAGGUAUCCAUAAGACAGUAUAAAAUAGUACCUAUAAUAAUACUAUUAUGUAUAGUAGUUUUUCAAAUUACCUGUAUAAAUAUAGUAGUAUGUACUUGGUAUUGUGUCUAGACUGAGAACAUUCCUGACUAAAUUGAAUCUCAAUAAAAUUGU